AUGCAAUCAAGUAGGCUUUUGUUGUGUUCCUCCCAUUCGUUGGUUGGACCAGCCGUCACUAUUACUCUCCCCCCUUGUCUUAGAUUCCCACCACACUCCGUAUCCAUCGCAAAUUCAACUUCGUCUUCGAUUCGCCUACCACGCCUGCGCUCCACUACUUCAUCGAGUGACUCUCCGCAAGUUCCAGCAAUGGCUUCAAAGGAUUCUCACGCUCAAGACCCGCGUAUAGCUGGAAUCUCAUCUGCGAUCCGUAUCAUCCCGGACUUUCCCAAGCCAGGGAUUAUGUUUCAGGAUAUAACCACACUGCUUCUCGAUACAAAGGCUUUCAAGGAUACCAUUGAUUUGUUUGUUGAGAGGUACAGAGAUCAAAACAUUUCUGUCGUUGCAGGCGUUGAAGCAAGAGGCUUUAUUUUUGGCCCACCCAUCGCAUUGGCGAUUGGAGCAAAAUUUGUUCCAAUGAGGAAACCCAAAAAAUUGCCAGGAGAGGUUAUCUCAGAAGAGUAUUCUUUGGAGUAUGGAACUGACAAAAUAGAAAUGCACGUGGGGGCUGUACAAGCUGGAGAAAGAGCCUUAGUCAUAGAUGAUCUUAUAGCCACUGGUGGAACCUUAAAUGCUGCGAUUAAGCUACUAGAACGUGUUGGGGUGAAUGUUGUUGAGUGCGCUUGUGUGAUUGAACUACCGGAGUUAAAGGGGAGAGACAAGCUGGGUGGCAGGUCAUUGUUCGUGUUAGUUGAAGGAGAAGGAGCCUGA